AUGAUUUCCCUCGUCGCGUUCGAUUUUGACGGCACUCUCGCCCAAAGCAAACAGCCAUUGGAAGACUCGAUGGGCGAAGCGCUUGCCGACCUACUAGCCGUGGCCCAUGUAGCCGUUAUUUCUGGCGGUGACUGGCCACAGUUCCAAAAACAGGUCGCCAGCCGCCUCCCGCCACGGGCUGAUCUAUCGAAGCUUUGGCUUAUGCCGACAACUGGUACAAAAUUGUACAAGCACCAGGAUGGGGCUUGGAAAACCGUGUAUGCAGAGCUCUUUGAUGAUAACGUUAAGCGGCAGAUCCUGACAGCCUUUGACGAAGCCUUGGAAGCAACUGGCUUUAAACCUGAGCAGACUUGGGGAAACCGUAUUGAAGAUCGCGGUAGCCAAAUCACCUUCUCUGCCCUCGGCCAGGAGGCACCUAUCCACGCUAAAGAAAUCUGGGAUCCAGACUUUAACAAGCGCAAGGUUAUUCAAGCUGAUUUACGUAUCCGCCUACCUGACGUGUCUAUUAAUAUGGGCGGUGCAACGUCAAUUGAUAUUACUCAAAAAGGCGUUGACAAGGGGUACGGCUUACAGAAGCUCCGUGAUGCGAGUAAUAUCCCGCUCGAGCAAAUGAUGUUUAUUGGUGACGCGAUAUUCCCGGGAGGCAACGAUUAUCCGGCUAAGCAGCUUGGCCUACACACGGUGUGCGUCAAGGAUCCAAAUGGGACGCUUGCUGCGAUUGCUGCGAUCAUUGCGUGUCUGUCGUAA